GUAGUUCUCUAAUUGUUUUUUAAAAUCUGCGUAUACGCACAAAUAUUAUUAUUUUUUAAAAAACCCAACCAAUCAAAGGAAUAGAGUAGAGAAAGAUUUGAGAAGAAAAUAGGUUGAAAAAGAGAGGGCAAAACAGAAAAUCGAACCGACUGAAAGUGAGGUAAGGCACUCUGUGAUUUUUAGAGGGCAAAACAGAAAAUCGAACCGACUGAAAGUGAGACUCAGAUUCUUCAAGACUUGCAGAAAUGGAAAACAGUGGAAAACAUGACGCAGAGAGAUAUGCCGUAGUGACCGGAGCAAACAAGGGCAUCGGGUUUGAGAUUGUAAGGCAGCUCGCUUCAAAUGGCGUAACAGUUGUAAUAACAGCUAGAAAUAAAGUGAGGGGAAAUGAGGCAACCGCCAAGCUCCACCAGCUGGGAUUGGCAAAUGUAGUUUUCCAUCAACUCGAUGUUUUGGAUCAAGCUAGCAUUGAAUCAUUGGCUGAUUUCUUAUCUCAGAAGUUUGGAAGACUUGAUAUCUUGGUAAAUAAUGCGGGAGCUAGUGGUGCUAUAGUUGACGAAGAUGAACUCAAAGCCUUAGGUAUAGAUUCUACAGCAUGGCUGUCAGGGAAGGUGGCAAAGAUGGUCCAAAGUGUGAUGACGUAUACAUAUGAAGAGGCAGAAGUUUGCUUGAAUACUAAUUACUAUGGUGUCCAAAGAGUAACUGAAACCCUUCUCCCUCUGCUGCAGCUGUCCAGUUCAGGAGCUAGGAUUGUCAAUGUUUCUUCUCUUCGGAGCGAAUUAAAGAGGGUUCCUGGUGGAAGCAUCAGAAAUGAACUUGGAGAUUUAGAGAAUCUAACUGAAGAGAAACUGGACGGCAUAUUGCAAAGAUUCUUGAAGGAUUUUAAAGACAAUGCUCUUGAAGCUAAUGGAUGGCCGUUAAUGCUGCCAGCCUAUAGCAUGUCGAAGGUGGUCCUCAAUGCUUACACAAGAAUUCUAGCCAGAAAAUAUCCAAAUAUGUGCAUAAAUUGUGUUCAUCCUGGUUAUGUCAACACUGACUUGAAUUGGCACACGGGGGUGAUCACGACAGAAGAGGGUGCUAGAGGCCCCGUUAAAUGUGCUCUCAUCCCCGACGGAGGCCCUACUGGUUGCUAUUUUGAUCAGACCGAAGUUGCAGAGUUUUGAGAUGCACCCUCUUUUUCGUUUGAUUGGAACUAUUGCUGAGGUUAGAGAUUAUACAUUCGAAUGCAAUUUGGGCUUUGCUACAUUCUAUUUAUGUUACCUGCACUUUACAUUUUCUGAAGUAUGUGUCGAAUAGAACAUAAAUGUGGAUUAGGUCGAGGAUAUAUGCCAAGUCCAGUAGAGCAUGUGUGCUAAGUCAAACAGAGCAUGAAUAUGUGGUAAUUUGUGUUAGAGCAUGCAUACAUGAUCACACAAGUUAUUCAUGUUUUGCUGAUUAUGUUGAAUAUAUCAUGUGUUAGUGAAAA